AUGAGUGAAAACCACUACAAUCCUUUGAAAUGGCGCAGCUUUCAGGCUCGCUUCUUCACUGAGGACACGAAAUACGCAGUAGAUGAUGUUCCUUUCUCUGUCCCAGCUGCUUCUGAAGUUGCUGAUCUCAGUAAUGUUAUCAACAAAUUGCUGGAAGCAAAAAAUGAAGGCCACAAAUAUGUGGAAUUUGAUUUCCUUAUCAACGGACAGUUCUUGCGCAUGUCCCUGGUGAGGCACAUGGAAGUGGAAAAUAUCUCAACUGAAGAAGUAGUAGCAAUAGAGUAUGUUGAAAAAUACACUGCUCCGCAACCUGAAGAAUGCAUGCUCCAUGAUGAUUGGAUCAGUUCUAUUGAAGCUACAGAAGAAUGGAUAUUGACAGGCUCCUAUGACCAGACAUCUCGGAUUUGGUCAGUAGAAGGCAAACCCAUAAUGACGCUUGCUGGACAUGUAGAUGUGGUUAAAGAUGUGGCCUGGGUCAAAAAAGAUAGUUUGUCAUGCCUGCUGCUUAGUGCAUCGAUGGACCAGACUAUCCUGCUGUGGGAAUGGAAUGUAGAAAAGAACAAAGUGAAGGCCCUUCACUGCUGCAGAGGACAUGCAGGAAGCGUAGAAUCUGUCGCUGUGGAUGGCUCAAGGACGAAAUUUUGCAGUGGAUCCUGGGAUAAGAUGCUAAAGAUCUGGUCUGCAGUGCCUACGGAUGAAGAGGAUGAAAUGGAAACGGAGGAGGUGGCAAACAGACCAAGGAAAAAGCAGAAAACUGAGCAGUUGGGACUAACAAGAACUCCUGUUACAACCCUCUCUGGUCAUACAGAAUCGGUCUCUUCUGUACUUUGGUCAGAUACAGAUGAAAUAUGCAGUGCUUCAUGGGACCACACAAUUAAGGUGUGGGAUGUUGAAACAGGGGGCCUCAAAUCCACUUUGACUGGAAACAAAGUGUUCAACUCUAUAUCCUACUCGCCAUUGUGUCGGCGUUUAGCCUCUGGAAGCACUGACAGACACAUUAGGUUAUGGGACCCUCGUACUAAAGAUGGUUCUUUGGUACUGCUUUCUCUUACCUCACAUACUGGCUGGGUGACAUCAGUGAAGUGGUCACCGACACAUGAGCAACAGCUCAUCUCUGGUUCUUUAGACAACGUUGUCAAACUUUGGGACACAAGAAGUUGCAAGGCACCUCUCUAUGACUUGGCUGCUCAUGAAGACAAGGUUUUGUGUGUGGAAUGGACAGAAGCAGGGAUGCUGUUGAGUGGUGGUGCAGACAACAAGCUCUAUUGCUACAGAUACCGAGCAGCCACCUCUGAUGAUGGAGCAUGAAAA